UCGGUGACUGCCUGUCUGGAGCGUCCUGGCGCUGCGCUGGAACACGGAGAAAAGCCCAUCAUCUUCAACACUGGGGAAUUUUCUCUAUUCAUCUAUAAAAUCUCUGCUGUCUCGUCCUAAAAGCCUUCUGCCAUUGCAUUCGGAUUGUUUGUCCGGCUGGUGUCAUUGAGUCGCGGGUCGUCGGUUCUCCAAAAGCGCAUUAGGAACAAUUACGCGCGGAUUUCCAGCCAUCAGCGCCGAGAUGUCCGGAUACCAGGGCAAGAAGAACAUCCCUCGCAUCACAAGUGAUCGUCUUCUAAUCAAAGGAGCGAAGAUAGUGAAUGAUGAUCAGUCUUUCCUUUCGGAUAUCUACAUGGAGGAUGGAGUCAUCAAACAAAUUGGUGAAAACCUCAUAGUUCCAGGGGGUGUGAAGACCAUUGAUGCCCACGGCAUGAUGCUGAUACCAGGUGGCAUUGACGUCCAUACCCGCUUUCAGAUGCCUGAUCGUGGCAUGACAGCAGCCGAUGAUUUCUACCAGGGCACACGAGCUGCUCUUGCUGGCGGCACCACUAUGAUCAUUGAUCAUGUAGUUCCUGAGCCUGGUGUUAGUCUGAUCGCUGCCUUUAACCAGUGGAGACAGUGGGCAGAUCAUAAAUCAUGCUGUGAUUACUCGCUCCAUGUGGACAUCACAGAGUGGCACAAGGGCAUGCAGGAGGAGGUCGAGGCACUGGUGAAAGAUCACGGCGUCAACUCUUUCCUGGUCUACUUGGCUUACAAGGGUGUUUUCCAGCUAAGCGACUCCCAGAUGUAUGAGGUGUUCAGUGUUAUCAGGGAUCUAGGAGCCAUCGCACAGGUGCACGCUGAAAAUGGUGACAUCAUCGCUGAGGAACAGAAGAGGAUUCUGGGAUUGGGUAUUACUGGUCCUGAAGGACAUGUCCUGAGCCGCCCAGAGGAGGUGGAGGCUGAAGCUGUGAACCGGGCCGUAACGGUGGCCAAUCAGACCAACUGUCCCCUCUACAUCACCAAGGUGAUGAGCAAGAGUGCAGCUGAUGUCAUUGCCCAGGCCAGGAAAAAGGGUACCGUGGUGUACGGGGAGCCCAUCUCGGCCAGUCUGGGGAUGGACGGCACUCACUACUGGAGCAAAAACUGGGCCAAAGCUGCAGCCUACGUCACAUCUCCCCCCCUCAGUCCCGACCCCACCACACCAGACUAUCUCAACUCCCUGCUUGCCUGUGGUGAUCUGCAGGUGACUGGAAGUGCACACUGCACCUUUAACACCUCUCAGAGGGCCGUUGGCAAAGAUAAUUUCACUUUCAUCCCAGAAGGAACUAACGGCACUGAGGAGAGAAUGUCACUCAUUUGGGACAAAUGUGUGGUGACAGGUAAGAUGGAUGAAAACCAGUUUGUGGCCGUGACGAGCACCAAUGCCGCCAAGAUCUUUAACCUGUUCCCGCGUAAGGGACGCAUCGCCGUGGGCUCCGAUGCUGACCUGGUGCUCUGGGACCCGGAUGCCACCAAGAUCAUCUCUGCAAAGAACCACCACCUGUCGGUGGAGUAUAAUAUCUUUGAGGGGAUUGAGGUGCGUGGAGCUCCUGUGGUGGUGAUCAGUCAGGGGAAGAUCGUAUUGGAGGAUGGGAAUCUUCACACCAUUGAGGGGUCUGGACGAUACAUCACCCGUAAACCCUUCCCAGACUAUGUCUACAAGAGGAUAAAGGCUCGCAGCAGGCUUGCUGAGCUGCAUGGAGUCCCUCGGGGUCUGUAUGACGGUCCAGUGUGUGAGGUCACUGUAACACCCAAGGUCUUUACCCCUGUCACUUCUGGGAAGACUUCUCCCGCUAAACCAGCUCCUCAACCAGUUCGCAACCUUCACCAGUCUGGAUUCAGCCUGUCUGGGGCUCAAGUUGAUGAUAACAUCCCUCGUCGCACCACUCAACGCAUUGUGGCGCCACCUGGUGGACGGGCCAACAUCACCAACCUGGGAUAAAAUCAUUUACUUAGAAAGUGAAAAGAUGGGAUGGGGGUGUUGGGUUAGAGAAACAUGGGCAUUUUCUCUGUUACCGGUCCAUCCAUCUGGACUGUGUUCCAACAAGCACAUCUCCUUCCCUUCCUCCUACAUUUCGACUCCAUUCACCCACCCCCUCCCUCCAUCUUUUUCAAUCCAGGAUCCCAUUCUUUUAAUGUGGCUUACU